UGAAAGCGCUAUAGGCUAUAAGCAUAAGCCUAACCUCAAAGUUGAAAAAAUCAAAUGUCCAAAUUUCUAAUUUGUGUUGUUUUUGGCUGAGUUGCUCAACUUUGUUGGUAUCCAAUAUGGAAAAUUUCUAAAGUUCUAAUCUUUAAUCCUCUAUGCUCUAAUCAGAAUCCGAAGAAGGAAGUUUCCUGAAUAUCGAUACUAAAUUGUAAUAGAGUUAUUUUUUUCUGAAAUGGCUGCAUCCUCGGCGACCUCGGCCUCGGCUGCGUCUGCAUCUAGUUCAAAUGUCUCCGUUCAAGAGUUCACUAUAAGGGUCCCCAAAACCAACCAAAGGAAUUACCAUGUGAUGAGAUUCAAUGGCAAUUUGGGGGUUGAUUUUGGAAAAUGGACUCAAGUGAAAAUGGAACGUGAAAACAACAUAAAAGAGUUCAAAGGGAUAGACGAAGAACAACCAAAGUUUGGUGCAGGAUCUGAGUUCGGGCGUGAAGCAAAAGAAGAAGCGCGAAGAAAGAAAUUGGGUAUUAUAGCAAAAAAAUACAGGCCAGACGAUCAACCGUGGAUUCUUAAAUGUUAUGGAAGCACUGUGAAGAAAUUCAAAGGUAUCAGGGAAGGUGGAAUCUCAGAAAAUGCAGCUUAUUACGUUUUUACACAUGCAGAGGAUGGUGCAAUCGAAGCAUUUCCUUUAAAUGAAUGGUACAAAUUUCAAUCCAUACAACGUUACAAAGCUUUAUCGGCUGAAGAAGCUGAAAUGGAGUUCAAUAAAAGGAACAAGCAUUUGAAUUAUUUUUCCCUUAUGUUAAGAAAAAGGCUUAAAGGCGAAGAUGAUAAAGAUCUUGAUGAUGAAGGUGAAAAAAGCAAGAAGAUAUCAAAGAAGAAAGACAAGGAAUUGAAAAUAUCUGAAAUGGACGAGUGGAUGGAUAGUUCGGAUGGGGAUUCCGAUUCUGAAGCAGAGGAGAAAGAAGACAAUGAAGAUGAUAAUGGGGCUAAAAAGAACAAAAAGAAAGGAAAAAACGGAAAACCUAAAAAGAAGCGAGACACUGAUUUAGAGGCAGGCGAAGAUUCUGAUGACGGCGACGAAGAAGGCAGAGAAGUUGAUUACAUCAGUGACAGUAGCGAGAGUGAGCCGGAAAAUGUCAAUUUGGAUGGCGUGGCUGAGGAGAAAGGGCUCAAAAAAUUGUUGAAUUCCGAUGAAGAAGAAUCUGAAGAUUCUGACAAGGAAGAUAAAGAUAAUGAAAAUGAAGAGGAAGAAAAGGAGGAUGAGAAUGAAAAGAAAAAGGACGAUGAUAAGGAUAAGAAGAAAAAGAAAAAAGACAACAAAAAGUCUAAAGACAAAAAGAAAAAAGAGAACGAUCCGGAUGAUGACUUUAGCUCUGAUAGCACUACAGAUGAAGAUGCUACCACUUCUACUAAUAGCAAUAAUAAAAAGAAGAAAGCAGAGAAAAAGGACAAUAAUAAGGAAAAAGUUGAAACAAAAACUGAACCUACAAGUGCAGAAAGUAGCAGAGCAGGUACACCAACACCGGACGGAAAACGUAAACUUGUUAAUGAGGCAAUGGCUGGACCCAGCAAGAAGCCAAAACUUGACUUACCAAACUUUAUACCAGGAUUGGCUGAGUCAGGCAUAACUGAAGAUGCAGUGAGAAAAUAUUUAAUGCGAAAACCCAUGACUACCACCGAACUAUUGCAAAAAUUCAAGUCCAAAAAGACUGGUCUGUCCAGUGAACAACUUGUCAAUAUAAUGACGCAAAUAUUGAAAAAAAUCAAUCCUACCAAACAGACGUUGAAAGGAAAAAUGUAUUUAUCCAUAAAGGCCUAAAAAUAUAAUUGAGUUAUAACAGGUUUUAUUUAUAUUAUUAUAUUGGAAGCAUAAUUAAUCAAUAAAUUUUUUUAUUGGAAUGGGCCUUUUAUUUGGGGAAUUACAGUAAUGAAACUAAUUUUUUCUUCUUAUUUAUUAAAAGAAUCGUGUCUAGACACCCAUAAAUGUUUACAAUCAAUAACUUUGAAAAUAUCACAAUACAUGUUAAGUACUCAAAAGGGUUCAUUUUUUAAAAUUAAAAUUAACUAACAACAACAUAAUACAAAGUGCGUCUCACAAUUGAAAUAAAAUACUGAAAAAAUUAAAUGAAAAGAUUGUGAUGCUUUUACAGAAAAUCUCUGGAUGAAUCAAAAGUUUAUCAGAAAAAUUAAAUGUAUUUUCAGUUUUUUUGUAUACUAAUAAUUAUUAACGAAUUUUCACAACCCCGGAGAAUCUCUGCAAAAUCAUCACCCAUUUUACUGCUUAAACAACUACAUUAUAACUUAUAACUACACAUUUUUAUAUAAUAAAGCUUUUUUGCUUAAUUGACUAGGAGUUAUAUCUGUUCAUUAUUCUGGUAAAUGAUACUAUCUAUUCGUUUCACCAUUCCAUUUUUAGGAUACAAAACAGAUAUCAUUGGUUAUGUAAUACAUAUAUCCAAUUAUUCAAUAACAUGUUAGUAUGGGUAUGUGACUUUCAAUGUGUUUCUGAUAGCCAUCUAUGAGUCUUGUCCCUGUACUAACAUCUUAUUGAUUAAUUAUCCUAUAGGAUGGGAUGGUACAAUGGCAGUUUCAACACAAUUGGACCAAGUAUCCUACAGUUACUAAUUUAGUGCUCGCAUCUUUCAUUCUUGGUGCAACAUUUAGAUCUUGUGUGUUUUUAUUUGGCUUUGUGAAAAGGGAUAUGUGUCUUUUGUAAUCUAGUGAUAAAAAAAUCUCGGACGCGUUUAAAAAAGUUGAAAUCCCUUAAAGGUGUGACAGGAAACCUGUUUAUUUUUUAUGAAAUCCCUUAAGGGUAAUACAUUGUGGUUUACUGGAUUAGUGAUUCAUGGCCAUAGAUAUCUCUAUUUCAGAGAGGACUUUUUUAAUCAUCUAUUUGUUUUCGCACAAUGUCAGAAAUUCUUGAAUACAAUCAGUAUAAAGGCAAGAACGAUCGACUUCCCUGAGAAGCAUUAAAUAAGCAAAACUAAGUUCCACUUCCAGGAAGAAUUUGGGACUCAUGAUGAUGAUUUGAUCAAUGUUACCAAAUCACUUCUUGAGUAAAGAACUUAAAUACGAGAUCAGCAAGCUACAACAGGAUAUAACAGCUCAGAUACGAUCAAAUGAAUAGAUAAUUGUUGUGAUAUAAAGUUAUCUAACAAGUUGUUUCGAAACGAUGGUUGUAAACUUUAAGCAUUUUUACCUUACAAAAAUCUAUUGCGAUAUACCUCACACUUCUCUAAGAUUUCAAUUUUUUUAAACGAUUCCGGGUGUCUGUUUUAUCGAUAUUUAGCUCUAUAUUAGGUCUAAAAAGUAUAGGAACCAAAAUAAAUACUCGAACAAUGUUUUUAAAUAUUUAUAUCCUGACAAUGUUGCCUAACUAAAAAUUGUGAUUUUCUUAUGCGGAUCAUACACUCGACUCUAGUGUGGCUGUUAUUAUUUCAAAACAUAACAUCGUCUCUAUAAAAGCUGACAAGAAAGAAGUUUAACAAUCAAGGUGGUAUACUCGACAUUUUCAAAAUCAUAACCACCUCCAUAGUCGAUUUUAAAUGAUCACACGAUACUUACUAAACAAUUUUUUCUUGGGUAUACUGCAGCCCGGAACAAUAGUGCAACAUCAAAACGGAGAGGGCGUGAACUUUGGCAUCGGCUUGUCCAAUCAUAAAAGCCAAUUUGGCUUUUUCCACUUCCGACUCCUCAGAACCGAGUUUUUUCGUUAGAUCCAUGUGUUCGGCAGUGGACAGGUCAAGGGUCUUUUUCAAUUCGGCCAUCUAAGAAUUUUUGGUGAUAAAUAAUUUGCCUUUUUAUUUGCUGGAUAAGGGCAGUAGCAUUAUAGUAUAGUGCAAAAAUGUGAUUACACUAACUUUCGGCACUUUUUGGAGCUGUGCUUAAGCUUACCAUAAGAUUAAUUUUUUCUUUUUUCUCUUCUACACUCAAAUUUGCGUACAUUUUUUGACCGCUUUCUUUGGCAUUGUCCAUUAGGGUUUCAUCCGAUGGACACUGCAUCACCUUAAAGUUAUACCAAAAAAUAUAAAUUUUAUGUUUUAUAAAAUUCUUUAGUAAAUAUCUGAUUUUUGAUAUUUUAUCUCAUUACUAGUUUGACUGUAUAAAAAUACUCAUUCACUUACAAGGGUCUAGCUAAGAAUCGAGAAGAGACUGAAUUCAAUACACAUUUAUAUUUUUGUAGAAUAAUCCAUGCAAGUAGUAAUUUCUAUAUUUAAUUUGACCAAUAUGUUUGACAAGAUAGAAAUGCUAAAAUCAACAAAUAAAGGUUUUCAGCUUUUCUGUUAUUUUAGUUUGAAGAUACUACAGAAGCAACAAGUUUUCACAUAUUUUCUUGUAGUUUAAUUACUUGUGUAAACACUAUUGUGUAUUUGAACACCAAUAAACGAUUUUGAUUCUGAUGACUUUUUGAGAAGUCGACUUGAAGUACCUAUUGAUUAUUUGAAAGAGGGCCAAAUUCAUUAUGAAACAUGAAUAGAUUGACUAAAUGGGCAAUUUUAUAGUAUUUGGUGAAAGCUAUGAUUUAAUCAAAAGGAGUCCAAUCUGACAAUCCAAAUUAGACUUAAUAAAAUGGAAAAAAUCAAAUGUCUAGUUUCAAGUUUAACAAAGUACCUACCUGUUCUAGAAGUUUGGAAACCGUCUCGUAGGCUUCCGCCGGAUUUUUUUGUACUUCAUCUAGGGCCGUAGAACAUAACAAGAAUGGAUUUGUUAUUGCCACAAGGGAUUGCUUUCUGCUCGGGGUCCUUUGAGGGCUAGGAGGUAAACUACGCGAUGAAAACGCUGGAGAUCCUACAAAAAAAGUGCGAUAUGAAUAAAAAUUAAGCAACAAGUUUCUAAGUAGUAUUCACGCUAAAAGGCGAUUAGCUAAUAAUUGUUGGUAGUAAGUAUGUACCUACUCUCUUGGUUAUAGCGUGU